AACUCAUCUUCAGUUGCGAACUCAACCAUCCUUCCACUAUGGUGCCAGAAUGAGACAGUUAGGUGAAGACGCCCAAGAACGGAAACAAUGCGCAAGAUUCGAAGCUUGACUACACUCGGCGCGGCUGUCGUCCUGCUUGCGGUAGGGUUCAUUCUCGCUGAGCGCUAUUUCCUCGACCUCGGCUCCAUCAAUCAGAAGAUCAUCUCUCUCGGGGUGGACGACCAAGACCAAGUUAGAAAAUGGUGGAAAGAAGCCGUAAUCUAUGAAAUCUACCCGGCAUCCUUCAAAGACUCCGAUGGCGACGGCAUUGGAGACGUACCCGGCAUCAUCUCGAAGCUGGACUACCUGCACGAUCUCGGUGUCGAUGUAAUCCACAUCUGUCCGCACUAUCAGAGCCCUCAAGUCGACAUGGGCUACGACAUCUCCGAUUAUGAGGACGUGCAUCGACCGUACGGAACCGUGGAAGAUGUACAGGCUCUAAUUCACGCCACCCAUACUUGCGGCAUGAAAAUCAUCUUCGAUCUCGUCAUCAACCAUUCUUCAGACCAGCACAAAUGGUUUGAGGAAUCUCGGUCCUCAAAAGAUAAUCCCAAACGCGACUGGUAUUUCUGGCGCCCGGCAAGGUGGGAUGCAGAGGGGAAGCGGCAUCCGCCGAAUAACUGGCGCAGUCACUUCACCGCUCCGGCAUGGACGUGGGAUGAGAAGACGGAAGAGUAUUAUCUGCAUAUCUAUGCACCCGAGAUGCCGGACUUUAAUUGGGAGAAUGAGGAGACGAGAAAAGGGCUUUACAAUUCGUCUAUGAUUUUCUGGCUUGAGAGGGGUAUUGAUGGAUUCCGGAUCGAUACUGUGAAUAAGUAUUCGAAGGAUAUCAAGUUUCCUGAUGCACCGAUUGUUGAGCCCUGGGAGGAGACCCAGCCAGCGUCGGAAUUCUACAAUAAUGGUCCACGCAUCCAUGAGUAUUUGGGGGAAAUGAAAGAGAUUCUUGAUCGCUAUGGUGCACUCACCGUGGGUGAGCUCUCGCAUUUUCCGUUUAGUGAAGAAGGUGUGCUGCAGUUCGCGUCCGCAGGUUCUGGACAGUUGAAUAUGGUGUUCAACUACGCGCUCAUGGCUCUUGGGCAAACACGAGAGAGGGGCCAACAUAGUCGAUCGCCGUUCAAUGCUCCAGUUUUCAAGAAGGAGAUGUCGCGCUGGCAAACAUUUGCCAGCGAUACCGACGCUUGGGUGACGCUGUUCUUGGAGAAUCACGACGCUCCGCGCUCAAUCUCUCGCUUUGGGUCGGAUGGAUCGGCGGAGGAGCAGAUGAGGAGUGGGAAGAUGAUUGCGAUGUUGCUCGCAACAAUGACGGGGACACUGUUUCUGUAUCAAGGGCAGGAACUCGGUCUGGCUAAUGCGCCACGGUCAUGGCCUGUUGAGGAGUUCAAGGAUGUGAGGUCUGUGAAUAUGGCCAGGAAGGCGAAAGAAAAGUGUAAGCACGACUCGACGUGUCUGAAGAAAGAAAUAGACGAACUCUGGGAGACGGCGAGGGAUCACGCCAGGUUGCCGAUGCAGUGGAACUCGGGGCCAAACGCGGGAUUUACAGACGAAGGCGUGACGCCUUGGAUGCGUGUGAAUAAUGAUUGGAAGACCAAGAAUGCGGAGCUGCAGAGUGGGAACUCAUUGAGUUUGUUGGGCUUUUGGAAAAGGAUGUUGAGGUUGAGAAAAGAGUAUAAAGAUCUUUUUGUCUAUGGUGUCUAUCAAUCAUAUGCAACCGAGGCGGCAGAGUUGUUUGUAUUUACAAAGGUGGGGAGUGGGAAAAAGUCACUUACCGUUGUGAAUAUGUCUGGCGAGGAGAAGAGGUGGGAGGGGGCUUCUUCAAUUUUGGGAGAGGGAUGUCGAAUUUUGAUAGAGAAUAUUGGAGGUGGAGCUCAAAGGGAGGAAGUAUUAUCCGCUUGGGAAGGAAGGGUGUAUUCUACCGUCCUGUGAUUCUUGAUAAGCUGAAUAUGACCGAGUGUCGCAUUCAUGAUUUCGAGGUUGGCGAGACACGAAAGAAUUAGCUUAAACAUACACAGUAUAUCAAAGGAUUAAUCACG